GGCGGAGAAGUCGAAACGCCGCCACCGUGGGCGGCGUUCACCCGGCAAAACACGCGACGUUCGCCCGACGUUGGCAUGCGGUUGGAAUGGUUGGACCAACGUUGAGGUUGCGGUUGGAGCCGCUGGACCAACGUUUGGCCUAACGUCCCGUAUUUACUGGGCAGUCGUAUCACCGCCACUGUUUAAUUCGCUCCUCAUGUCGCGUCCAACUCAGACCCCCCGCCCUCGCGCAUCUCGCAGAGAUGGGGGGAGUCCUUGACUCUAAACCUCUGGGGAUUCUCCGCGGCGUUGCUUCACGCAGCCCGGCAGCUGGUGGCGAGGCACUCGAUGCUGCUGCUGCUGCUGAUGGAAGGUUCCAGCCGGCCUCACGAUGAGCCGUUAGUGCGCGAAGCCAAAUCCCCUCUGGGUUCACAAUUGGCUACUUUUUUGAUGGAUGGUGGUGGUGGUGUAAGUUGUGUUUGUUGGAGCUAGGGGCUCUUGGAACGUGUCCACAACAUUGUUUAAACAGCGUGGUUGGCGCACGACGACAUCACCCUGCGUCCCCACGGCGAACAUGAGUGACGAGUGACGAUCUGAACCCGGUUCUCCCCCCCCCCCGCCGCCUUCACACACCCCUUACCGACCGGCGUGCCUGGCAGCCGGCACGACGCCCGGCAGUUUGUGUCGACAAAGCGGCAGUGGAGUCGAGCGAGUUGUGAACCUGGUACACGAUGAUCCCACGUGCCUCGUCGUCACGUCGCCUUCUCUGUGCUCGCUGCGCUACUCCGCCAAGGAUCUUGCCACGCGAGGCGUUUGCCUGCGCGUCCGUCCGUGGCUGCGCCGUCAGGCGAGGCCGAACAUCUUCACGAAUCUCCCCACUGCUGCUGCUGCUGACAAACAUCUCUCUCGCCUCCCCCCCUACCCACGUCUCCCCGCAGAGACAGCGAGACAGAGCGAGAGAGACACAGCGAGCCGGAUCCAGGAGAAGACGGGAGCAGGGGUCGAACCUUCAUCAUCAUCAUCCCCACGACCAUGAGGACGCCGGCAGCGCCGACCUCGUGGCCGGCCUCGCGCUCGCCCGGCCGGGGACCGGGCGAGGCGCCGCCGUGCCGUGCGACGCGGAGCCGGAAGUGUCGCCGGCCCCGACGGUGCCGGCGGAGGAGGCGGCUCGGGAGCGAGCGGGGGCCGGCACCGGCGGGGAGGAGGGAGGCGAGCGAGGCGGAUGCUCGGCCUGCCGGUGCCAGUUUGAGAGUCGCGAGGAGCAGGUGGAGCACUACAAGCUCGACUGGCACCGCUUCAACCUCAAGCAGCGUCUCGCCGGCGCCGCCACCGUCAGCGCCGAGGAGUUUGAGGAGCGGACAGGUGACAUCUCAAGCAUCUCCGGCUCGGAAUCUGACUCCGACUCGGAGCCGUGGGACGAGCCUGACCCCUCCCAACCUCGCGACCUUCAACCCCGGGGGACGCAGCACGACGGGAAGACGGAGGAGGAGGAGAGCGGCCCGGCACGGCAGUCGCUCCGCGUGCUCUUCACGAACCGUGCGCAGCAGACGCUGUCGCUGCACCGCUGCGUGCUGCACAGAAAGCAGGAGACGGCGCAGGACGUCGACGCCGUGGGCCGCGUGCUGGCGCUGGACGCUCGCACCAAGUGGGCCGUGCUCCUGGCAGGAGGAGGCCACUUCGCCGGCGCCGUCUUCCAGGGGGAUACGGUGCUGGAGCACAAAACGUUCCACCGCUACACGGUGCGGGCCAAGCGCGGCACGGCGCAGGGGCUGCGCGACGGGCAGAGCCGUGGCAACGCGCCCAAGUCGGCCGGCGCGUCGCUGCGCCGCUACAACGAGGCGGCGCUCGCCAGGGACGUGCGCGAGCUGCUGGAGAGGUGGGCGCCGCUGCUUCGCGAGGCCGACGGCGUCUUCGUGCGCGCCGCCAGCUACAGCCGGGCGCUGUUGUUCGGCACGUGCGCACCGCUGCUGGCACGGGACGACGCCCGCGUGCGCGCGGUGCCCUUCGCCACGCGGCGCGCCACCCACGCGGAGGUGGUGCGCGUGCACCGCGAGCUGGCCGCCGUGCUGGUCUACGCCAAGGGGACCGACGUGGCGGAGGUGGCGAGUCCCGGCAGGAGGGCGUGGAGGAGAGCCGGGCGCACCCCGGAGACCGCGGGGACCGCGGCUCAACCCGCGGUGCCCUCCCACGGAGCUGGAGGAACGGGCGACGACGCGGACGACGACGACGAUGACGACGGCGACGUGCGCUGCAGACGAGCGAGGAAGUGUCUGAGCACGGCGCACCUCAGCGAGUACGACCUGCAGCCGAGCCGGGCCGCGCGACGCCGGGCCGCCCGCAACAACAACAACAAGCAGAAGAAGCAGCAGCAGCAGCCGCAGCAGCAGCAGAUCGACCUCUCGGAGGGGCAGGAGGAGCACCGCCCCAAGGGGUCAGAGGAGAGUCCUGUGCCGGCGCCCGAGGGCAGGGCGGUGGACGGGGCGGCGGAUGGGGCGGACGGUUCGGAGGACACGGGGGACGUCACGGCGGGAGACGGAGUGAGUCACGGGAGCCACGAGCAGGAGGAAGAGGAGGAGGAGCAGGGGAAGCGGCGUCCAAAGCGGCGCGAGAAGAAGUCCAAACCGAGCGCCGGCGCGGCGCUGACCAACGCCCUGCACGCCGGCGCGGCGGACCCGGGCUACUACCGAGUGCGGGACGAGCUGUACACGGCGUGCAAGGUGGGCGACGCGGGCACUCUGCGCCGCAUCCUGGGACCUCUGCUGCCUCGCCCUGUUGACCCCCACCCUCACGACCUGCCACUCCCCGAGGGGUCGUCCCCUCUGCCCGAGGACUCCGCUUCAGGCUCGCCGCGCGCCCCGUCUGGCGGCCAGCCCCACGCCCCCGAGAGCACGGAGGAGAAAGGGAGGUUGGCGGAGGGGGCGGCCUUCCCAGAAUGCAGUGCGGAGGCGGUGGCGGCCAUGCUGGCCGAGGCGGUGGGGGCGGCCGGCUGGACGCUGCUGCACGUGGCGGCCGCCAGCGGGCAGAGGACGGCCGCACGGCUGCUCAUGGAAGCCGGGGCCGACCCCACCAUCAGGGACAGGAAGGGCCGCCCGGCGUACUGCGCGAGCGCCGACAAGGAGACGCGCCACGAGUUCCGGCGCUACGCCGCACAGCGCCCGGGCAAGUACGACUACGCCAGGGCCCAGAUCCCAGGCCCGCUCACCGACGAGAUGGAGAGCGACCGUGCGGAGCGCAAGCGGGCGCAGCGAGCGGCGCGGCGCGUCAAGGACCGCGACCAGCGGGAGGAGCAGCGGCGCCAGGAAGCCGAGGAUGCGGAGACGCGACGCUUCGCCUCGCUCAGCGACCGCGAGAAGAGGGCGCUGGCAGCGGAGAAGCGGCUGGCGCAGCAGGGAGCAGCAACGUCGGCCGCAGCAGCGCCGCUCGGCAACAUCAGGAGGUGCUGGCAGUGUGGGCAGUCCCUCCAGGAGAAGACGCCCUUCGAGUACUUUGACUUCUCGUUUUGCACCAUCGCCUGCCUGCAGCAGCACAAGCGCUCUGGCGCCAGCGCCAAGCCUUGAGGUGCCACUGCGUGCAGGCACGCACGGCGCUACGGUUCACGGGAGCGGGUUAAGGGACGAGCGUUUUUUUAAUACUUCGAGGUACAGUGGCCAGCGUGGUUGAUGCUCGUGCAUCGCAGUACGAGAAGGACCUGGGUUCAAUUCCUGAGUCAAUGGUCCUCCUGUUCUGCAUGGGUUUCCUCCAAAAACAAACAUGCAGUGUGACCGGUACUGGCCGAAACAUCCACAUGCGAAGUGCACUGCAAAUUACGCGAUUGGGAUUACACCCAGCAACAUCGCCCCCUGCUGUGACACCGGAGCAGAACACCUCCUGAAAAAGAGCCGAGCGACUGUGAGGUUCUCCUGGUUUAAACAAGCCGCCGAGUCAUUACAGAGUUUGC